GACAGACUGUCUACACCCACAGACAGAAGGACAGACUGUCUACACCCACAGACAGAAGGACAGACUGUCUACACCCACAGACAGAAGGAAAGGACACUAACUCCAACCUGUCUACACACAUAUGUACUAUGGUGACACCUACAAAGGUCCUGUUGGACGUUUUGAACGAUCUGAGCGCCGACGACUUCAAAACAUUCAAGUGGUUCCUGAAGCAGAAGGAGGAUCUGGGACCCUUCAGACCGAUCCCGGAGCGUCGACUGGAGGACGCCGACAGGACGGACACAGUGGACGCCAUGAAGAACCUGUACGGCACGCACACCGUGGAGGUCACCAGGACGGUUCUGGUCCAGAUCAACAGGAACGAUCUGCUGGAGGAACUACCGAAGCCCGCCCACAAACCUGAAGAGGUCAUCGUCCACCGUCGGCAAAUACUGAAGUCUAAGAUGAACAAGAAGUUGGAGCGUUUGUUCGAGGGACUCCCAAAUUCCACAAACCAAAAACUCCUGAAGGAGGUUUUAACACAGAUCUACGUCACAAAAGCCAAGAUCGCAGAGGUCGUCGAGGAACACGAGAUGACACAGGUUGAAACAACAUCCAGGAAAACAGACGGAGAACAAACAACCAUCACCUGUAAAAACAUCUUUAAAACACCGCCUGACAGAGAUCAGCCAAUCAGAACGGUGCUGACAAAGGGCGUGGCCGGCAUCGGGAAAACAGUGUUAACACAGAAGUUCAGUCUGGACUGGGCUGAAGACAAAGCCAACCAGGACAUCCACUUCAUAUUUCCACUCACCUUCAGAGAGCUGAAUGUGCUGAAACAGAAGUUCAGUUUGGUGGAACUGGUUCAGCACUUCUUCACUGAAACGGACCAAGCAGGACUCUUCAGCUUCAAAGACCUCCAGGUGGUGUUCAUCUUAGACGGUCUGGAUGAGUGUCGACCUCCUCUGGACUUCAACAACACUCAGAUCCUGACUGAUGUGACAGAGUCCAGCUCAGUGGAUGUGCUGCUGAUGAACCUCAUCAGGGGGAACCUGCUUCCCUCUGCUCGCCUCUGGAUAACCACACGACCUGCAGCAGCCAAUCAGAUCCCUGCUCAGUGGGUGGACAUGGUGACAGAGGUCAGAGGGUUCAAGGACCCACAGAAGGAGGAGUACUUCAGGAAGAGGUUCACAGAUGAAGAACAGACCAACACAAUCAUCUCCCACAUCCAGAGGUCCCGAAGCGUCCACAUCAUGUGUCACAUCCCAGUCUUCUGCUGGAUCACUGCUACAGUUCUGGAGGACGUGUUGAAGACCACAGACAGAAGACAACUGCCCAAGACCCUGACUGAGAUGUACAUCCACUUCCUGGUGGUUCAGGCCAAAGUCAAGAACGUCAAAUAUGAUGGAAGAUCUGAGACAGAUCCACACUGGAGUCCAGAGACCAGGAAGAUGAUUGAGUCUCUGGGAAAACUGGCCUUUGAGCAGCUGAAGAAAGGAAACCUGAUCUUCUAUGAAUCCGACCUGACAGAGUGUGGCAUCGAUAUCAGAUCAGCCUCAGUGUACUCAGGAGUGUUCACAGAGGUCUUCAAAGAGGAGAGAGGACUGUACCAGGACCAGAGGUUCUGCUUCAUCCAUCUGAGUGUCCAGGAGUUUCUGGCUGCUCUUCAUGUCCAUCAGACCUUCACCAACACUGGAGUCAAUCUGCUGUCAGAAGAACAAACAUCUGUUUGGUCGAAACUAUCAAAGGACAAACCUGUCCAGUUGUACCAGACCGCUGUGGACCAGGCCUUACAGAGUCCAAAUGGACACCUGGACCUGUUCCUGCGCUUCCUCCUGGGUCUAUCACUGCAGACCAAUCACAGACUUCUACAAGGUCUGAUGAAACAGACAGGAAGUAGCUCAGAGACCAAUCAGAAGACAGCUGAGUACAUCAAGAAGAAGAUCAGUGAGAAACUGUCUGUAGAGAAAAGCAUCAACCUGUUCCACUGUCUGAACGAACUGGAGGAUGGGUCUCUGGUGGAUCAGAUCCAACAGUACCUGAGACAUGGACGUCUGUCCACAGAACAACUGUCUCCUGCUCAGUGGUCAGCUCUGGUCUUCAUCUUACUGUCAUCAGGAAAACACCUGGAUGUGUUUGACCUGAAGGAAUACUGUGGUUCAGAGGAGAUUCUUCUGAAGCUGCUGCCGGUGGUCAAAGCCUCCACCAAAGCUGUGCUGAGCGAUUGUAAUUUGUCGAAAAGAAGCUGUGAAGCUUUAUCGUCCGUUCUCAACUCCCAGUCCGAUGUAAAAGAGCUGGACCUUAGUUCCAAUGAUCUGCAGGACUCGGGGGUGGAGCUUCUGGUCGCUGGACUGAAGAGUCCAGACUGUCCUUUGGAGACUCUCAGGCUGAGUCGCUGUAACCUGUCGAAGACCAGCUGCGAAGUUCUGUCCUCGGUGCUCGGGUCAGAGUCGUCCUCUCUGAAAGAGCUCGACCUGAGUUCCAAUGAUCUCCAGGACUCAGGAGUGGAGCUUCUGGUCGCUGGUCUGAAGCUUCCACAUUGUAAACUGGAGACUCUCCGGCUGUCAGGAUGUCAGAUCACAGAGGAAGGAUGUUCUUCUCUGGUCUCAGGUCUGAAGUCCAAUCCGUCCCAUCUCAGACAGUUAGACCUGAGCUACAACCAUCCAGGAGAGUCCGGAGUGAAGGGUCUGUGUGAUCAGCUGGAGAAUCCACCCUUCAGACUGGACACGCUCUGGUUGGACCAUGAUGGACCACAGAGGUUAAAGCCUGGGCUGAAGAAGUAUUUCUGUAACCUGACCCUGGAAACCAGCUCCGCCCACAGAAACCUCGUCCUAUCGGACACAAACCGUCUGAGCUGCGUGAAGGAGGAGCAGCCGUACCCGGACCACCCGGACCGCUUCGACCACUGGAGGCAGGUGCUGUGUUCCAGGGCUCUGACCGGUCGCUACUACUGGGAGGUCCAGUGGACCGGAGGGGUUUCCAUGGCACUGACCUACAGAGGAAUUGGGAGGAAAGGAGGCGGAGCCGACGCCGGCUUUGGAAGGAACCCCCGGUCCUGGACCCUGGACUGUUCUGGGGCCGGGUACUCGGUCUGUCACGGGAACGUCAGGGUGGUCCUGGGCGGGCCCUCCCGGUCCUCCGGUAGAGUGUCGGUGUUUGUGGACUGUCCUGCUGGAUCUGUGACCUUCUCCAGAGUCUCCUCAGGCAGACUGGUCCACCUCCACACCUACUUCACCACAUUCUGCCAGCCUCUGUACGUGGGCUUCGGCUUAGCCUCCUCUGGUUCCUCUGUGUUUCUGUGCGAUGUGUAGACAUGUUGAAUGAGGGGUGUGCACUGGCCUGCAGUGGGUGGCGGUCUGGGCCGGCCUGGCCUCCCGGUGUGCUGGGUGGGACCCCCUGCCCGUGGAGACGGGUGGCUCCUGGGCUCGUGGGGCUUGGGGACUGGUGCCUCACCAGGCCUCCUGGGGCCUGUGCUGGGCUGCUGUGGGGCCUCUGGUGGGGGCCUCCCUCGGCCAUCUUC